UCACUGAUCGAACCGCCACUCGGUCCACUGGAAGAAACCGCACGGCUUCUUCUCACCAAUGGGCGAGCAGCUGUAGAAGUAACGACCACGAUUCUUCCCCUAAGUAACACACACACACACACACACACACACACAAAAAGACACAAAGACACGCAUACACACUCCAUCGGUGGGUCGGUCUGUCUGUCUGUGUGUGUGUUUCGGCACCUGGUGUGUGGCCUUCAUGAUGCUCUUGUUGCCGCAGUGGCACAGUGGCGCCUGCUGGAAGCACUCGUGUCGGUGCGAUCGGAAGGUAAGUGAGAUGCGCUGCGACCGGGAGGUCGGGUGAGGAGCCAGACUCUGCAUCCGCGGCACCUCGUGCGUCCUGCAGCACACAAGACGCAGCCAGCCAGCCAGCCAGCCAGGGAGGCAGAAAGACGGGUGACACACACUUGGCAUGGAGAUGUGUUGAGUGUCGUGUUCAUGUGCUGCGUGUGUGCCGACUUACCAGUCCUCUUGUGCCGGAGGCCACAUGAACAGCACUGAAGGAGCCAGCACACACACACACACACAAAUGCCGUGUUGUUUGUGUUCCCCCUGGCUCCCCGCGUACCAUCCCCAUGUUUGAGCAUCAUCGUGACGGUUGUCUUUGGUUCAGUCCGCGACACCAGCCGAAACCGCCUCGUCGCGCCGAAACUAAGGCUCACAAUCAGCGGCCGGGGGCCGAGUGACGUGAGGUGGUCGCUGUGAGCACCCACACAGUCCUGGCCAUCUCGGUACAGGUUGCACAGCACGUAUGACGCAUGCCAUUCCUUCUGCCCGUCGGGCGUCCUGUCCACAGGCAGCCGGCCGUACAGAUGUGGGUGGGUGGAUCGGUGGCCAUGCACGAGAUCCUCGAUCUUCUGCCUCAGUGGCUGCAGAUCGGCCAGCGGCGGCAGUGCGUUGCGAAGACCCUCGAUGUCCGUCGGCGCAUGUUCUUGAGUAUGAGGUGCGUCCUCUGCUGCCGCCGACGAGUGUGAGUCCUGGUUGAGGAGGUAGUAGGCGCUAAGCCGCGGGGUUGUGUGUUUCUUCUUGAACACCCACCAGCUCGACUGCUGCCAUCGCGUCGACUCGCCCAUCAGCACACGCAGGAGGCUGUCGCACUCCUGCUUGCUGAAAACAUUCUGCAUAAGGGUUGCGGGCGCCACUGACGGCAGCUCUGACGCGCGAAUGGUGCGCUUCGUGGCCGCUGCCGCCGCCUUUCUUUCUUUGCUGCCGUCCUGUGGGCUGACGGUCACGGUGAUGUCAGCCGAGCUGCUGCUGCCGGCCGCUCUCAGUCGACUCAUGAGCGACACCGAACCAGCCGCAGGCCGCUCCCUGUUGACGGCCGCCGCCGCCGCAGCAGCAGCGGGCCUGUCGCCGGUGUCAUCAUCGCUGCUUGGCUGGUCCGUCAGGUCCACCAGAUCUCCCUGUGCGAUGGAUGAGUCAGCUUCUACAGCGGCAGGCUGCUGCGGCUGAGGACGAACAGACUUGCGUGCCUCAUCACCUUCAUUAUCAGCAUCGGCGGGAGGGCGUUUGCGUUUCAGCAGGAGCCUGCCAUCGGCCGCAAACGACAAGGUGCUCUGCAUCUAGGGGAGGAGGUAAGCGAAAAGAGACCUGCAGCAUGUCACACACGGAGAGGGACGAGAAUCAAUGGUGCUUUCCUCUUUCUUAGAGGUGAGAGUUGCUCACCUCUUCCUCUUGCUGU